GGCAACCUGCAGAGCAACCUACGCUAAGUGAGACCUCGGCAAAGAGACGGCCCAGCGUUGCCUCCCUCCAUAGUCAUACUCCUGCUUCAUCCAGAACUUUUUCUCUGGCCUUCCUCCAUGGACGACUCGGCAUCCCUAAAGCAAGAAAAGGAGAGCCAAGAGGCGGAGGACGCAGAACGGCCAGGAGAAGAAAUGACUGCCGCUUCCUCCCAAGAUCCUGAACCUGAGUCAUCGGAACCCGUGGAGUCAGAGCACGGGCCGGAAACAGGACCCCAGCCCGGUAGCAGCCCGCCUUGGAGCCCGCAGUCCAGAGCUAGCGCGCCUUCGGAUGGCCUCCCAGAACCAGGCGCAGCACCCGCGCCUCGCUCUCCCCAGGAGCCCUCCUCCAGCCCUCUCCUGCCUCCAGACAAGCAGGACCCUGCCGCACCAUCGCAGUCAGACAGGAUCACUCGUGUGGAUCCUGAAGCUGGGACACCUCACUCCGGUCACUUGGAACAAAUACCUGAUAAAGGAGAAUCAACUUAUGAAAUAUUCCAAUCAGAGAGAAAAGCCUUUGGACGCUCCCAGCAACCAAAACCCCACCUGUACGGACAAAGAGAUGCAAGCUACAACAACUCUAAACAAAAAGAGCUGAGAUUUGACAUUUUUCACGAGGAAGACUCAAAUAGUAACUACACUCUGGAGCAGCCUGAGCCUGGGAUCUCUGACACAGCCCCCAGCAUGCUUGAGAUUGCUGUUCAGAAUGCUAAGGCUUACCUAUUGAAGAGCAGUAGCAAGUCGGGCUUAAAUCUAUAUGAUCAUCUUUCUUCCAUGCUAACCAAGAUCUUAGAUGAACGUCCUGAAAAUGCUGUUGACAUCAUUGAAAAUAUUAGCCGAGAUGUGAAAAUGGCGUAUUUUAGUAAAAAAUUAGAUACAUUACAAAGUGAGAAUGAGAUGCUUCCAAUAUAUGAAAUAGCAGAGAAGCAAAAGGCUCUUUUUCUCCAGGGAAAUUUGGAAGGAGCUGACCAAGAACUGGAAGAUGAAAUAGCAGAAAACUCUCUUCCAAAUGUGAUGGAGUCAGCUUUCUAUUUUGAACAAGCUGGAGUUGGUUUGGGCACAGAUGAGACUUACCGUAUAUUUCUUGGGCUCAAACAGCUUACUGACACCCACCCAUUCCACAGAUGCCGUUUCUGGGGCAAGAUCUUGGGACUGGAGAUGAAUUAUAUUGUAGCUGAAGUGGAAUUUCGUGAUGGGGAAGAUGAAGAGGAGGUGGAAGAGGAAGAUGUGGCUGAAGAGAGAGACAAUGGAGAAAGUGAAGCUGAUGAAGAUGAGGAAGAUGAAUUACCAAAGUCCUUUUACAAGGCUCCACAGGCUGUACCAAAAGAAGAAAGUAGGACGGGUGCCAACAAAUAUGUCUAUUUUGUUUGUAAUGAACCAGGAAGACCAUGGGUGAAGUUACCAUCAGUUACACCUGCACAAAUUGUUAUUGCAAGAAAAAUCAAGAAAUUUUUCACUGGACGAUUGGAUGCCCCCAUCAUAAGUUACCCACCUUUCCCAGGAAAUGAGAGCAAUUACUUACGAGCACAAAUAGCCAGAAUUUCAGCAGGGACACACGUUAGCCCUCUUGGUUUCUAUCAGUUUGUUGAAGAGGAGGGAGAGGAGGAGGAGGAGGUAGAAGGUGGACGAGAUAGCUUUGAGGAGAACCCUGAUUUUGAAGGUAUCCAGGUGACUGAUUUAGUGGAAUCCCUAUCCAGUUGGGUUCAUCAUGUACAACACAUUCUCCCUCAGGGUCGCUGCAACUGGUUUAACCCCAAAGAAAAAAGUGAGGAAGAAGAAGAGGAAGAAGAUGAAGAAAAAGAAGAAGAAGAAAAAGGAGAAGAACCUGACUACAUAGAACAGGAAGUGGGGCCUCCUCUUUUGACACCAAUCUCUGAAGAUUUAGAGAUUCAGAAUACACCCCCUUGGACAACACGGCUAUCCUCAAAUCUCAUUCCUCAAUAUGCUAUUGCAGUCCUUCGAUCCAACCUUUGGCCUGGAGCAUACACCUUUUCCAAUGGCAGAAAGUUUGAAAAUUUCUACAUAGGCUGGGGUCUUAAGUACAGUCCAGACAACUAUACACCCCCAGUUCCACCACAAGUUUAUCAAGAAUACCCCAGUGGACCAGAAAUUACAGAAAUGGAUGACCCCAGUGUGGAAGAGGAGCAGGCUUUCAGGGCUGCACAAGAAGCUGUACUUGCAGCUGAGAGAAAGGAAGAAACUGAGGAAGAGGAAGACGAGGAUGAUGAUGAUGACUAACAAGAAUAAAGUUAGCCCUGUUUUUUAUGUGAGGAGUGAUUAUAUAUAACUGAUCAUCAAUCUGAUGAGCACCUAUUCAAAUUUGGAAUUUGUGUGGAAUUAUUAAUACAUGCUUAUAGACAGAUGCUCAGUGGAUUUUCCAGAGGCUAAAUGAUGUAAUUACAUCGUCUUGGUGGUAAAUACAAUAUGUGCUUGUCUAUCCUUGUGUUUAAAAAAAUGUCUCAGGUUUAAUUUCUAAUUUAGUAAAUAUCAAGAGAGACAUCCCAUAAAAGCUCCUGGGGGAAUUUACAUUAGUUUUGGAAUGUCAAGGACUUCUGAGAACAGAAAUUUUGAUAACCACUGAAGUAGAGCAUGUGAUAUUGUGAGCAAAUUUUGUGCAUAUUCACUCCCCUCCUCCCCCCCAGAGAGAGGAUUCAUAGUUCUAGCACUUGUUCAGACUCAAACUUUAAAACCUUUCACUUGUUAUUUCUCAAAGAACUUCCUUAAUCUGACUCUUCCUUCAUCCUACAGAAAUUGGUUUAAAGUGACUGGGAAAAAUGAUUGUAUGGAGAUGGUUAGCUGGGAUAACCAGAUACCUCAGACUUAUAUUUUCUACCAUUGCUUCUCUAAAACUAGUAAUUAUUGUCAUUCACUCUAAAGGUACUUUUAAGCCUGUAUAUGUAAGGCACAUUGAGGAUACCACUAAAAACUAGACCUCGCCCCUGAAAUCAGAGAACUUACCAUUCAAGGAGUGAAAACAAAAAGGUAAAUAGAAAAUUAGAAUAGAUUGCAAUUUAGCAAGCAUUGUGCUACAAAUAUACCAUAAAACAAAUGUACUGUAGAACAGUGUUUCUCAUACUCUGUGGUGAAGAACUAAUUAAAAUUUUUUUUCCAA